CACACGCUUGGCCAUCUCCAUCCAUCAAGCUUCGGUUCUCGACUGUACAACCGUCGACACCACCCAAAAACUCGACACUAGCAAAAUGGCCGCGCUCCCUUCGGACGUUCAGAAGGUCGCCAACGAGGGCGUCGUCAAGCUCUUCGGCAAGUGGGACGCUCAGGAGAUUGAGGUCAAGGACAUCUCUCUCACCGACUACAUCAACGUCAACCAUGCCGUUUACGUUCCCCACACUGCUGGCCGGUACGCCAAGAAGCAGUUCGCCAAGGGCCGCAUGCCCAUUGUCGAGCGUCUCGUCAACGCCCUCAUGAUGAACGGCCGCAACAACGGCAAGAAGCUCAUGGCCGUCCGCAUCGUCCAGCACGCUUUCGAGAUCAUCCACCUCGUCACCGAGCAGAACCCCAUCCAGGUCCUCGUUGACGCCAUUGUCAACACUGGCCCCAGGGAAGACUCUACCCGUAUCGGCUCGCAGGGCACUGUCCGUCGCCAGGCCGUCGACGUCUCGCCCCUCCGCCGUGUCAACCAGGCUAUCUCGCUCAUCACCAUUGGCACCCGCGAGUCGGCCUUCCACAACUCCAAGUCGAUCUCCGAGUGCCUCGCCGACGAGCUCGUCAACGCCGCCAAGGGCUCGUCCAACUCGUACGCCAUCAAGAAGAAGGACGAGCUUGAGCGUGUCGCCAAGUCGAACCGAUAAAUCGCUUCGUCAUGGCAACCGAGCUGUGCUAUCUCUUUUGCUACUUCUCGUCCGCUCCAUGGUCGUGGUGGUCUGCAUUUGAUGUCUAGUGUGGCUCGGAAUGUAUGCGGCCAGUUAUUGUACGUGUACGACUCUGCGGUGAAGAAGGGGGUGUGCCUCGAGUUUGGGAUGGGUCAUAGCUCUCUCUGCAUCGAAUUCUUUUCC